AUGAGAAAUAUUGAAAUAGAAGCCAAUGUUAUGGAGAUUACCCCAGAAUUUGAAAUAGAAAUGAACAAUUUUAAAUUGCAAACCAGACAGCUAGAUGUAAGCCAGAAUGGUUCUUUAAUGUUAUGUUUAUAUUUUAUCUAUUUAACUAAAACUUAAGUUUUAUAAUUUUAUUUAGAAAUCAUUACACAAUCAGUACGGGUUGAUAAAAAAAUUUCAAGAUGAUUUUAGAAAUAAUGAAUUGAACGUUUUACGCGAAUUGGACAAAUCCACGACUAAAAUUUUUAACUUCAUGAACAUUUUUGAAACUUAUAUACAGUACAAGUGAGGAUAUUAAUAACAUUAGAUAUCUUUGUUUAAAAUAAUUUAAUCGAUUUACUAUGAACGUCAAAUGAAUCGAUAACUUUAUAUAAAAAAAAAAAAUCAUAUAAAUUAAUAUUACCUACUUAUAUAGUACUAUAAUGGCGAAGAAUAACGAGAUAAAACAGAAAAAUGCCAGUUUAGAAUGCGAAUUAUUUCAAAAACAAUACGAGUUAGAGAAAAAAAAAGAAAAAAAAGUUAAAGCAGAAAAAGAAGAAAACCAAUUAAAGGCCCAGUUGGAUACAUUAAAACAAUCAAUUCGUCAACAAGCGGCUUACAACAAAGUACUAGGUCAUAAGUAUAAUAAUGAGCUGAACAAAAAAAACCAAAUACAUAAACCAAUUUAA